AUGCAAAAGAAAACAUUAGAAAACACACAACAGAGUGCGUCUGCUCCUAACAAUCUAAAUAAACCGAAGUGCUGUCAGCACUAUGCCUAUCAAGAACCAGAAAAAGACAUAGCAAUGCCUCCUAGUGUACUCACAAAGUCUAUGCGAACAUUAGCAACGAAAAAACGCGAAUUUAUUAAGCUGAAAAAAAAUGUUAUAGCGCAACAAAAUACGCUGUUAGAAUAUUAUGCUGCUAUUAAAGACCUGGAAUCUCGAACUGGAUCAGCGGAUGAAUGCCUGGGAGAGAUACGUGUCGUAUCAGUAAAAGGCUGGCCAGCUCACGACCUGCUGCUUCUCGUGAGAAACGAUAUUAAAAUGCCAAUGAGCUCUGAGAUUAGCGGCAUUUUCGGUCCGCAAGUUUUGCAACAGAUUCAAGCGCAGCUAAAUCCUAUACCAGAAGAAGUAAUUCGUAUGGGUGCGGAAAUAAUGGCUCGCCGUAUCGAGCUCAUAAAUCUUUUACGUUGCAAGCACCGCACUGAUCGCUCUACUUUUCACACUAAUUCUGAGUGGAAAACAAAGAACAUAGAGCUGGACAAUGAAACCGAGCAAUUGCAUAGAAUGGUUGCGGGGAUCGCCGAAAACUUGAAAUCUAAAAUUAACUAUUCUCUAGAUUUAGCCAAAAUACCGUGGAUAGAUCGGGAAACAGCUAAAAAGAAAAUGGAGCGUAUUCAAAAAGAAAACGCUUUACUUCAACAUAAAAUUGAGGAAACAAGCGCACCUAGUUAUCAGUCUGUAUGUGAUGAAUUAGUCAAAGAAAAGGCCGCGCGAGAGUCGUUAAAAGAAGUGGUGUCAACGGCAGAAAGCAUGCUGCGUGUGGCGCGGGCGCGUAUUGUUACGUUAGAGAGGCAGCUGAAAGAUACUAAGGUCGAUUUGGAGAGUGUGCGACGGAAAUACGCCGAUCUGGAGCAACUUUAUCGACACCGUGAAUCAAGUUAUGAUGCACGUUCAAAGAAGUUAAUAGAAGUUUCAAAGACUGGAGAAAUUACUAUAGAAGCUCUGUCCCGACAGCGGGAUGCAUUGGAGGCUAGAGUUAAAGAAUUACGAGAGCAAGCGGAGAUAGCAGAGCAAGCGGCACAGGAACGAGAGGCGGCAGAAAAAGCCCACGUCGAGAUACUGCAGGCGAAGGUAGCACAACAGGAAAAGAAUAAAAGAGCGACCGAGGAAAGGGUUGCAGAACUAGAAGGAAGAAUUAGAGAGUUAGAAGAGCAAUUGAGUUCCUUACGUGAACGUUCUGUACGAUUAGUUGAUAUGGAGCGAAGGCGGUGUCUCGAAUUUAUCCCCACUAAGGAGAACGAACCAUCUGAUAGAGAAACAGAAAUAUGGAAAGAAUUACAAGUGACGCGUGUUGCAUUAUCUCGUGCAGAAGAAGAACUGCGUCGGAGUCACGCGGAUAAGGAUAGCUUUUUAAAUUCUUUGUCAAAAAUUGCACAAGAGGAAGGCGCAGACAAGGAGGACAAAAUGGCCGCCGAGCUAUUAAACAGAGAACAAAAAAUUAUGCAACUGCAGCAUGUUAUUGAAGAGCAGCGCGAGAAUGAGAAAACAAUGGAGCAAAGUAUGACUGAAUACGAAAAUCAACUGGCCACCUUACGGUUAGAAGUGAUGCGUUUAAAAAAUUAUGAGUGUUAUUCAAAAGAACUUCCAUAUCAAGAUGUUCAAACUGAGUUACUAGAGAUGCAUAUGCAAGUUGAGACGCUGACCCGCGAGCGGUCAGCGCUGGUGUCUGCGGCGGCCUCCCGCGCUCUUAUGCUGGAGCGUCACGAGCGCGCGGCGGACUUGUUCGCUCGAGUCAUCCGCGCGCGGCGGGACCUUGCGGCACAUAUCGAAGAGCGAGCUGAACCACCAUCGUUUGAUAGUAACGUUUAUACAGAGGUAUCAAGAUCAUUAACAUCAGUAUGCGCCAGCGCUGCCGAUACUUGGUCAGCUCUCCGUGCGGAGCGCGCCCGCGUGUUGCGCUUAGAGAGUGUCGUGCUAGCGCAAAGCUUGCAGCUAGAGCGAGAAAGUAGAGUUCGGACUCAGCUGGAGCGACGCAGAGCUGUAUUGGAGAGAGAAAUUCUUCGAACUAGGCACACUACUUCCUCACACAAAUCUUCUAAGAAUCCCAAUUCAAGCAUUUUUUGGAACGAG